UUGCCACUAUCUCCCCGCGACCCAGUGCAGUGCCUCAUGGGGGAGGUGCCCGGUAAAUAUGGCCCAUGAGAUGAGGCUGCUGGAAGGCCCAGGGCCUCACACUGCAGCCCAGAGCCCUGUAUUUGCUUCCUGUGGCUGUGGCAACAAGAUGCCACCAGCUCCGUGCCCUUCCAGUUCUGGAGGUCAGAAUUCCAACAUGGUUUCCACCGGGCUGCAGUUACGGUGUUAUUAGCAGGGCUGCAUUCUUCUGGGAGGCUAGCACAGAAGAAUGCAUUGCUUUCCUCUUUCCGGCCUCUAGAAGCCGCCUGCCCUCCUUGGCCCGUGGCCUCGUCCUCCAUCUUCAAAGCCAGCAAUGUAGCAUCUUGAGAUCUCCAUCUCUCUGAUUCUGUGUCCACCUCACAUCUCCUUCACUCACUCUGAUCCUCCUGCCUCCCUCUGUAAGUAUCCCGGUGACUAUGUCGGCCCAGCUGGAUGAUCCCAGAGCCUCUUCCCAUCUCCCAACCCUCAGCUGGAUCACACCUGCAAAGUCCCUUGUGACAGCCUCUGCUCCUUCCAGGCGUCCUAUCUAAUCUCUCGGAGAGGAAAUACCGGCUCUGCAUGCUCCCAGCAUCCUCCAGUUCCAGAUCUGCAGCUUCUGGGCGCCUUUGUUUCUGCCUUCGUGCCCCCACUGGGCACCAGUGGAGGGAAGGGGACAGGCAGGCAGCAGAAACCAGGCUGCCACCCCGACGUAUGGCAGUGCCGACCCGGCCCCCCGUCCUCCCAGCUGGCUCCUCACCCACACCUCUGAGAGGUGUGAUUGCUAACCCACCCUCAGGACGACACUCGGGUGCAAAGGUGGAGCCCCUUGCCCAGGCCACUCAGCAAGUGCGCAGAAGACGCAGGAGUUGAACCGGGUCUGUGUAACGCCAAGGCCCGGGGGCUCACUGCCUGUGGCUCCUCGCUGUCCCGUGCAGACCUGAAGAUCUGCAGAGGGCUAGGAGCCCUCUCCUAGACACCCCCCGCACUUUACCUGUGACUUCAGGGGUACCCAGUCUCGAGGUAGGAAUGCCUGUGCCGUCCAUGCACUGUCCCUGGAGAGCGUACCAGGGGCUGGGCCCCACCUCGCCACACUGUACUGGUCCCCCAAGCACAUCUGGUUCCAGCCAGCAGCCCUCGUCCCCCAAGCAUCCCGGCUGGACUCACUGACCCCUUCUGGAGACAUAGGACUCUGCCAGCACCUCCUGUGUGCAGUUAUCUGGGUUGAACGUGUUCCAGAGCCUUGGAAUAUAACCUUAUUUGGAAGCUGGGUCUUUACUGAUGUCAUUGGUCAAGAAGUGACGGAGAAGACGGCCCUGUGAAGAUGGCAGCAGAGAUAGCCAAGGAACGUCGGGCCUGCCGACCACCCAGAGGAGACCCUUCCCUCACGUCCCUGGAGGGAGCGGGGCCCUGCUGCACCUUGAUGUUGGACAUCUGGCCUCCAUCAUGAUGCCCGAGGCAGACGCCACGCAGCUGUCCCCCAAGGACCCCAGCAUGCCAGCCAGCAGAGAGGCCCCGCAAGACGGCCGGCCGGACCUGAGCUUGGGGACCACCCCGGACAACUUGGGGACUAGGUUCUUAAGCAGACUGCCACCAGGUGGGCCCAGGUGUGUUUGCAAACUUAGUUUGAACGUGCGGCACCGGCAAGACGCGAGGCCAAAUGUGAGACGCAGCUCCCUGACCGAUGGCCACACUCUCGACCUCUCAUCCCCAGAGAAGGCAGAGGAUGCUCGGCCGAACUCUCCAGAAGAGGCUCUGUGGACCACUCGGGUUGAUGGGCGGGUCCGCCUGCGCCUGGACCCCAGCUGCCCAGAGCAGCCCCCAUACACCGUGCACCGCAUGUUCUACGAGGCCCUGGACAAGUACGGGCACCUCCACGCUCUGGGCUUCAAGCGCCAGGGCUCGUGGGAGCACAUCACCUACUCCCAGUACUACCUGCUGGCCCGAAAGGCCGCCAAGGGCUUCCUGAAGCUCGGCCUGGAGCGGACACACAGCGUGGCCAUCCUCGGCUUCAACUCCCCGGAGUGGUUCUUCUCGGCAGUGGGUGCAGUGUUUGCAGGGGGCAUCGUCACUGGUAUCUACACCACCAGCUCCCCUGAGACCUGCCAGUACAUCGCCCAUGACUGCCGUGCCAGCAUCAUUGUGGUGGACACGCAGAAGCAGCUGGAAAAGAUCCUGAAGAUCUGGGGAAACCUGCCCUAUCUGAAGGCAGUAGUGAUGUACCGAGAAGCUCCGGCGGGGGAGGUGGCCAAUGUGCACACGAUGGAAGAACUCAUGCGGCUGGGAGACCAGGUGCCCGAGGAGGACCUGGACGCUGUCGUCAGUGCCCAGCAGCCCAACCAGUGCUGUGUGCUGGUCUACACGUCCGGCACCACCGGCAGCCCCAAGGGCGUGAUGUUGAGUCAGGACAACAUCACGUGGAUAGCGAGGUACGGCAGCCAGGCCGGCGGCAUCCAGCCCGCCGAGGUCCAGCAGGAGGUGGUGGUCAGCUACCUGCCCCUCAGCCACAUCGCCGCCCAGAUCUACGACCUGUGGACGGGCAUCCAGUGGGGGGCCCAGGUCUGCUUUGCCGAACCUGAUGCCCUGAAGGGGAGCCUGGUGCACACGCUGCGGGAGGUGGAGCCCACAUCCCACAUGGGGGUGCCUCGGGUGUGGGAGAAGAUCAUGGAACGCAUCCAGGAGGUGGUGGCUCAGUCCGGCUUCAUCCGGCGCAAGAUGCUGCUGUGGGCCAUGUCGGUGAUGUUGGAGCACAACCUCACCUGCCCGAGCAGUGACCUGAAGCCCUUCACUACCAGACUGGCAGAUUACCUGGUGCUGGCCAAGGUCCGCCAGGCCCUGGGCUUAGCCAGGUGUCAGAAGAACUUCUAUGGAGCAGCCCCCAUGACCGCAGAGACACAGCGCUUCUUCCUGGGCCUCAACAUCCGCUUAUUCUCGGGCUAUGGCCUCAGCGAGACCUCGGGCCCCCACUUCAUGUCCAGCCCCUGCAACUACCGGCUGCACAGCUCUGGCAAGGUGGUGCCUGGCUGCCGGGCGAAACUGGUGAACCAGGAUGCGGAGGGCAUUGGCGAGGUCUGCAUGUGGGGCCGCACCGUCUUCAUGGGCUACCUGAACAUGGAGGACAAGACGCGCGAGGCCAUCGAUGCCGACGGCUGGCUGCACAGUGGGGACCUCGGCCGCCUGGACAGUGACGGCUUCCUCUACAUCACAGGGCGUCUCAAAGAGCUCAUCAUCACCUCCGGCGGGGAGAACGUGCCCCCACUGCCCAUCGAGGAGGCUGUGAAGACGGAGCUGCCGAUCGUCAGCAACGCCAUGCUGAUCGGGGACCAGAGGAAGUUCCUGUCCAUGCUGCUGACGUUGAAGUGCACCCUGGACCCGGACACCUCUGACCCGACCGACAACCUGACGGAGCAGGCUGUGGAGUUCUGCCGGCGGGUGGGCAGCAGAGCCAGCACGGUGUCCGAGAUCGUGGGCGGGAAGGAUGAGUCUGUGUACCAGGCCAUCGAAGAGGGCAUCCAGAGGGUGAACAGGAACGCGGCCGCCCGGCCCUACCACAUCCAGAAGUGGGCCAUUCUCGAGAGGGACUUUUCCAUUUCGGGCGGAGAGUUGGGUCCCACGAUGAAACUGAAACGGCCCACAGUUCUGGAGAAGUACAAAGACAUCAUCGAGUCCUUUUACCUAGAGCACAAACAGUGACGAGGGCCUCCUCCUUUCUCCCGAGGCCGACGGCCUCCCAGAGCGGGGGGGAGGGGAGGGGGGCUGCUGGCAGGUCUGGCGGGUCAGGCUUGGCCCCGGCACCUGUGUCUGCCAGGCCUCCUGCCAACAGCCACCAACAACUCUGAGCAGCUUAGUUUGAAGCAUUGCUUUUGUCCAGGUGACAGGAGACCAGCUCUCCUUCCAGAACCAAAGGGCUGACACUUCUGGCCUUAGCUGCAGGUGGAUUUCAUGGGCUGCUAGCUCACUGGGCUGGGCAGCCGCGGCAGGCGGUCCCCGGGGCAGGGAGGGGAAGCUGGCUCUUGUUACCGUGUGCCACAGGGGAAGCGCCAGCUGUAACUCACUCACUCUGGAAUCCGCUGGACUCUGUGACCUGUCACUCACUCCCAGGCGGCCCUGCAGGCCUCGCCCACUCACUCGAUGUAGCACAGCUGCUGCCCCUUUGCAUUUACUGUGUGGUUUGGAUAUUAAACUUUUUAACAGCA